AUGAGAUCCAAGAUAUACAGGCGGAGAGAGUUAUUAGACGACCAGGACACCGCCCAAGGCAUGAGUACUUCGUUUAGUGGAAGGGACAACCCGAGUGAGAAGGAAGUUGGGAGCAUGUCGAGGGACUUUGCCAUCGUGGAGGAGCUUGGGAUUGUUGUGGCUUCAGGAACACUUCGUGUUGCUCGAGAGAAUCCACCAGCAUGGAUUUGGGACCACCAGUCUAAUCCUCGUUGUGAUGUUACGGUUGACAUUAUCACUAGUUUCGUCUCUGUUGGUGGGGUUAUUCGAUCAAGCGAGGGGAUAUGGUUGACUGGCUUCCAUAAGUCGAUUGGCAUAGUGACCCCAAUCCAAGUGGAACUCUGGGCCAUCUAUAUUGGUUUACAUGUUGCAUGGUCUCAUGGGUUUGAGCUUCUUCAGGUGCAGUCGGACAAUUUUCAGAUUAUUCGUUUCCUCAGUGACAAUAAGAUGGAUUGUGUUUCGCUCCCCCUCGUUCGAGCUAUUCUCUCACUCUCUAGGCGCAGUUGGUAA